AUGCCUUCCACGCCAUUCCAGCUCAUCGUCACCGGCAAAGCAGAGGUCGCACAUCUAGCAGAGCUCGCUAUCAUCAACGUCUCAGUCUCCAGCUCCGGCAUCAACGAAGCCUCCGUCUCAGACAAAGUCAUCACGACCGCCAAACACAUCGAAUCCCUCUUGGGCCCUCUAUCCCCACAAGAUGACACAGCAAAAGCCAAAAAAGCGGCACCUAUAGCCCACUGGUCCAAAACCUCCCUCUCAUCCACCAGCCACGGACUGUACCAUCACCAAGAUCCCGACCAGCCACCGAUCAGACAAUACAACGUAGCCAUCAGCUUCGACAUCAGCUUCAGGGACUUCCAAGCCCUGAGAUCUUUCGGAACCAAGCUCUCCAGCAUCAGUCACGUCGAAGUGCAAAACAUCUCCUGGAUACUCACUGACGCGACUCUGAAAUCCUUCGAGACCGAACUUCGCGAAAAAGCCGCGCAAGACGCUCUGGAGAAAGCGUGCGACUACUGCGACGUUUUGGCGUACAAAGCGAACGUCCGACCGGUGGAAUUGCAGGAAGCAACGGUGAGUCGCUCGAUGCAACAGGCGAAAAUAGGGAUAGGAAAUGGUGAGUAUGCGAGGACUGAGGGUCUCAGGUUUGAUGCACAAAAAGUGAAAAUGGCGAUAGAGGUCACUGUGAAAUUUGAGGCGGAUUAUGAUGUCUGA